GCGGGAUCAGCGAGGGUUGAUCGGACUCCUCAGUACAAUGCGUCAAAAAUGGGAGAUAAUUAGGUGCUUUAAACGCUUGUGGAACUUGGCAAAUGAUAUGAACGACAUGUUUUGGGCCGCAGAUACCAGGCUCUCUAGGCAGAAGUGUACCACAGCUUGGCCACGAAGUGCGAGAAACUCGGGGGCGGCCCGUUACUCGUGCAAAUAUAGCGUGCUCAGGGAGGACUUGGAGGUGGCAAAGGGAAGGUCGAGCGCAAACACAUAUCAGGGCGCCAGUGGCAAGCUACGUGUACCUCGUAUAUCUACCAUCAUCAAGAUGCCAUGGCCGAUAAGGUCUUUGUCCGGGCGCUCCUGCUGGAAGGCGGAAACGACUUCGAGGCUGGCGGCAAGAUGUUCCCCGCACGCAAGCUGGAGUUGUUUACAGGAUCUCAAGGACAGUUUGGAGUCCAUUUGAAUGAAUGUCUCUGUCAAGGUUUACUGCAGGUGAAUCAACAUGACAAAAU